AUGGACAAAGUUGUCAAUGGCUUACAAGGUAUCCGUAAGAUCGUAGAUGAUGUUCUUGUCUAUGCACCAACCCUCUCUGCUUUGAAGAAACGCGUUCACGCCUUCCUAGACCGAUGCUCCACGCAUGGGGUCACACUGAAGCGUUCAAAGUCCCAGAAAGCUGUCACUGAAACUGAUUUUGGCGGAUUCCACCUAUCGGAAAUGGGCAUCCAAUGCAGUUCAGAUCUCCACAAGUCCAUCCGCGAUUUUCCACGACCGAAGAAUCUUACUGAUCUACGCUCCUGGUUUGGUCUGGUGAAUCAACUUGGCCAUUUUUCCCAGGAGAUAACCCAAAUCAUGGAACCUUUUCGCCCUCUGCUUCAGAAGAACUCAUGUUACCUCUGGUUGCCAGAACAUUUGCAAGCAUUCAACGAAGCUAAACGUCGCCUUAGCUCACCACCUGUUCUAACCUACUUUGCUGUCAACCGUCCAACUUUGCUCGCCACUGAUGCAUCUCGUCUGCACGGUCUUGGUUUUGUCCUUCUACAAAUGGUUGACGGCGUAUGGAAGCCUGUUCAAGCGGGUUCCAGAUUCUUGACCCCCACCGAAAGCCGCUAUGCUAUGAUAGAGCUGGAAGCUCUUGGUGCUUGCUGGGCCAUGAAGAAAUGUGAUAUGUUCCUUCGGGGCCUACCUCACUUCAAACUCGUCACCGAUCACCAACCCCUUAUUCCCAUCCUGAAUUCGAAAGGGAUUGCUGAUGUCGAGAAUCCUCGCCUGCAACGCCUCAUGAUGAAAAUGCUGCCUUAUACGUUUACUGCAGAAUGGAUUAAAGGCAAAGAUCACCUCGCUGCAGACGCACUCUCCCGUUUUCCCGUUGAUGAACCUUGUCUUGAAGAUGAACUAUGCGAGUUGCAUGCCGAAGCUGCUGUGAAUGUUCACUUUGUUGACAAGUCAACUACUGCCAGUCAGCUUCAGGAACUUUUCCACCAUCAACAAGCGGAUGAUACACUCUUGAAAGUCAUCCAUUACGUACAAAUUGGGUGGCCUGAAAUGCGAAAUGAAGUCGAUGAAGAAGCACGCCCCUUUUGGUCCAUUCGUCAUAACCUCUACAUGGCGUCUGUUGGAGAGAACUCUAUCUUACUUAUGAAUGGCAGAACUGUCAUCCCCACCCAACAACAAAAGAAAACAUUAAAUAACCUUCACGAAGGACACCAAGGGAUUGAAAAAACUCGCCGUCGUGCUCGUGAUUCCGUAUAUUGGCCUGGGAUGAACCACGACAUCGAAGAAAUGGUAAAACGCUGCUCUGAAUGUCGAACUCAAUUCCAAAGAACCUCUGCAGCAACCACCUCUACCCACACGACCUUGGGACAAACUAGGCGUUGACCUUUAUAGUCUUAAUGACCGAGAAUACCUUAUUGUCACAGACUAUUUCUCCUCCUUUACUGAAGUUUAUGAUCUUGGUAAAGACGCAACAGCACCAGCGUUGAUCAAAGAACUCAGACAAUUGUUCUCUCGAUUUGGUCAACCUGUUGAAGUCGUAUCAGACGAUGGUUCACAGAUUACUUGCAAAGCCUUUGCAACGUUUGUUGAAAGUUGGAAUUUUAUACACACUGUAUCUUCUCCUACUCACGCUCAGUCAAAUGGCAAAGCCGAAGCCGCGGUAAAGGAUGUCAAGAAGCUCCUAAAAAAGUGUGGCUCUAUGAAUGAUCAAUUUUGGAAAGGUCUGCUGGCAAUUCGAAAUACUCCUCUCUUAUGUGGUAAGAGUCCUGCAGAAUUGCUGCUUGGCAGAACACUCCACGAUUCCCUCCCUCGUUAUCCUGGUCCACCAACGUUAGAUAAUGAGACGAAAACGAGAAUCCUUUAUCUCAGGAAGAAACAGAAAGAUACCUAUGAUCAAGAUACUACCCCAUUACCUCCUCUCCAGACUGGUACCCGUGUAGCUAUUCGUUCCCCCGUCGAUUCCGAUUGGUCACUACUUGGAAAAAUUACUGAAAUUAAACCGAAUCGCACCUACAUUGUAUUAACCGACCAAGGAUCCACACUCACCCGUAAUCGAAGAUAUCUAAGACCUGCACCUCACCCUGCUGGUAACAAUACAUCUCAAGCGAAUGACGAACAGAACCCAACCCCAACGACUAAUCCAUUGGGAGAAAGGCAUGUGGGACUACGCGAUCCAUAUAAUUUAAGAAAGAGAUGUCCUAAAAACUGA